AUGACCAACAGGUUCCAUCUUAACAAGGUAGGCCUAAAUCAUUGGCCAUAUUUUGUUUUGGGAUUUCCAAAUACUGUACGGUUGUCCUUUUCAAGAAGAGACACUAGGGAUAUGGAUAUCUUGGAAAUGAUAACAAACUGAAGUAACACAUUUGCCUCUCCCAGAGACUUGUUGCGUGAGAGGGUGGAGUGGGCUUUUUAUUGGAAACACAUCCUUGGCUUCAGCUCUGGACUGCCGUCAAGCUUUUUGCUGUUGAAUAAAAUUGCCAUUUCAAUAGAUUGGAUAGAUGCUGUAUUCUGAAAGUGCUGUUGGUGUCUGUGCUAGCAUAUGUGAUUUGUAUCUUGACGUGUGCUGUACAUUCUUAGAAAAAAGGUUUCCAAAGGGGUUCUGCAGUUGUCCCCAUAGGAGAACCCUUUUUGGUCCCAGGUAGAACUAUUUUUGGUCCCAGGUAGAAAUAUUUUGGGUUCCAUGUAGAACCCUCUGUGGAAAGGGUUCUACAUGGAACCCAAAAGGGUUCUACCUGGAACCAAAAUGGGUUAUUCAAAGGGUUCUCCUUUGGGGACAGCCAAAUAACUCUUCUAGAACACUGAGCACCUUUUUUUUUCUACAACCAAAAAUAUGUUUUAUUUAAUCAUGUUAUGAAUAGUAUAUGAUAUUAUAGUAUAAUAGAUGAUUGAUGUUUUAUGAUGUAAACACUGCUUAAUUUUGUGUGUUUGCAGAGCUGCAUGAGAAGGACUAUGACGGUCGUUCAGCAAUCUACUGGGAAGUGAAAUACCCGUUUCCUCUUUCAAACAGAGACGUAUCCUUAAUGAAGUACAAUUUCUAAAUAAAUAAUACCUGUAGAUAAUAUCAGGUCAUCAUGUUUCUCAGUAAAAGCAAAUAGCUUUUUUUUUUUUUUUACAAAAUACAUGCUCCCUAUACAAUAUCACAUUAUCCUGUUCUAUGUAUUCACCCACCCACAAUGUCUCAAGCUUGGUUUUCUCUCUCUCCCCCUUUCCACAUCUACAAUGGGUCCGAAAUGGUGAAGUGAAACCAAGUAUGGUUUAUAGUAUUAAGAGGAACGGAGCAAUGAAUUGUUCUUUAGGCGACAACAUGGGAAGGUAUAUUUUCUCAAGGAGUAACAGAUCCAGUCACAUGGUGUGGACCACAUUAGACCACAUUAUCUCUCCCAGGCUUCUUUAACAGUGUAAACCUCAGUACGUGUACGUCAGGGAGCGGAGGGACAUUGACGUGGACGGCAGGAAGAUCUGGGUGGUCCUGGCUAAGAGUUCCCCACAGUCCCCGUUACCAGAGAAGAGUGGGGUGCAGCGAGUGAAUGACUACAAGCAGACUGUGGCCAUGGAGAGUGAUGGUGCCAGUGGCACUAAAGGUACUGCUCACUCAAGAGUACACAAGAUACAAUCAGAACUCAUCCCUGUAGUACCAUUUUAAAUGUCCAUAGGGGAAACUGUUCAGUUGUGAACUUGAAUCUGUUGUGGAUCUGUCUGUGAAGUCACUUGCUUUUUAUUGACAGCCAUGCACAUUUGCAUUCUUUUCUUUCAGUCUUCAUGAAUUACUUUGAUAACCCUGGUGGUAAUAUUCCAACCUGGCUUGUGAACUGGGCAGCUAAGGUGAGUUCAGACCUGAGUGCCUCUAUACACUCAUAGAAAAAAAGGUGCUAUCUAAAUCCUAAAAGGGUUAUUCGGCUGUCCCCAUAGGAGAACCCUUUUUGAUUCCCGAUUGAACCCUUUUGGUUCUAGGUAGAACCCCUUUGAGUUCCAUGUAGAACCCUUUACACAGAGGGUUCUACAUGGAAUCCAAAAUAGUUCUACCUGGAACCAAAAAGGGUUCUCCUAUGGGGACAGCCGAAGAACCCUUUUGGAACCCUUUUUUCUAAGAGUGUAGCAGCUCAUCUUUUUCUGUUGGUGGGAUGGCUGACAUAUUCAUAGUAGAGUAAUAAUAAAGGAGUACUAUAUAAUUAUUAUGAAGACUGUUUGUUUACUCACAUGUAUAUCUACCGUAAUUUUCAGACCAUAAGCCGCGCCUUUUUUCCCAUUUUUCGACCCUGCAGCUUAUAUAACGGUGCGGCUAAUCUAUGGAUUUUUACAGCUAACGGCCACUAGAAGACCUCCUAAAUCUAUGGAUUUUACAGGUUACAGUCCACCAACUUUAACUCUAUGGGCUCUAUGACCGGUCCGCGCCCCCCACCUUUAAGCGGCGGGCUCCAGCAGGAAAAGCUGGAGGCCGGAAAAGAGUGAGACAGGUAGCGCGCAAAAGUGAAAGUGGAACCGAGAGUGGUACGAGAGACAGAACGAGAGACAGAACGAGAGCAAGACAGACAGACAUUACGAGAGCGAGACAAUUUGUCUCUUUCCCGACAAUCCCCUCUGUGCACGAACCCUUACAUAUGGUAAUUAAACAUUAAAACACCUGCGGCUUAUAGUCCAGUGCGGCUUAUAUAUGUACACAUCAUUCAAUAUCAUUCAAUUUAGCUGCUGUGGCUUAUACUCCGGUGCGCCUUAUAGUGCGGAAAAUACGGUACUUGCCAGGUUUGAAUGCCCCAGAGCAUGCCCUGUUAUCUCAUAUGGAAGGCUUUAUUCACGCUGUUAAUCGCAAGCAGAUGUUUUGUGUUAUGAUGCCAAUGGUUCCUCUCUGUUGCCCCAUUUGGGUGUGUCUACUCUGCUAGUCUAUCCAUGACGUUCAUUGACAAAGACAGCUAUUCCCUGUGUUUCAACAGAGCGGAGUGCCUGCCUUCCUUACAGACAUGCAGAAGGCCUGUGGCAAUUACUCAAACUACUGCCAGAAGAACAAGAAAUGAACGCCCUUGGUGGGAAGUCGCCUCAACGCCACAAGGAUUGUGCAUUUUUCAGGCCAUCGUUCAAUAAAGUUUACACUUACGGUGUCAUAAUGUUUUUAUGAUACUUUGAGGGGCAUUUUGGAUGUUUUAGAUAUGGUUGGGGACUUAUUACGAAGUCAAUAGGUGAAAGUGGUGUUGGGGGAAAUCUGCAGCUGCAUGUGUUACUGACUGGGGCAUGUACUGUAUUUUAAAGUUGUUUAUUAGUUGUUUAAAAUAUAUAUUUAAAUUAAAGUUAUCUGGUACUGAAUUCUUACUCCAAUGUAAAUGUUGCAUUUUGGGCUUGCCCACAGUAAGGGCUUGGAUGAGAUCUGUAUUGAUCUACCCUCUGUUUUAACGAGUACUGUGUUUCUGUUUGACGACAAUGGCUUUUCCUUUUACUUUGCUGUUGUUUCUUAUGGUCUAAUGUACGUUGUUGUUUUUUAAAAUCCUACAUUUUUUUAAAUGUAUGAGUCAAUGAAUUAUAUGUAUUUUUGCACUUGUGAUUAAGCACUGAAAUCAAAUCAACUUCCAAACCUUAAUGUCUAAAGGAAAACAUACAUUGCUGUAAUUAUACUGUUCAUCAGCCUAUUAAUUAGUGAAUUUAAUUAGUGAAUUAUUAGUUUCUCAGCAGCUCUAUUGAGGAAUGAUUUCUGUACUCUACAAUGCAACAUUGUUUCUUAGGCAGGCAAGGCAGCUAUGGGAGCUGGCUGAAUCAGAAAGACUAGAUAUUUAUUUAUCUUUUGUAUUUCCCUAAUGGACAUUCUGAAUGUACAUAGGACAUUUCUUUUUUUUU